AUGAAUUAUUCUCGUGUAUGUUAUGUACGAUGGCGAAAUAUAUUGUCACGAUUACGUCCCGAGCAAAAGUUAUCAAGUCAGAAGGAGCUGUUAGAAGUAAAUGAAAGAAUGACAGUAAGUGAUGAAGCUGAGAGUAUGUUGAAAAAAAUGUUGCCAUCGUUGGCAUCAGGUGACGAACCGGCAGGACGGAAUCAUUCAGAGGAUGAUGAAUUUUUGAAUAUUGCAUCGGAGGAGAAAAUUGAUAUGGAUUCAAUACGAGCUAGAGGGUUCUUAAAAUAUCGAUAUAAUUACAAACCACCAGAUGAUCUUGAGAGUCAAGUGAAGGAAGCUGUGAAUGAAGUUCUUAUUGAUAUAAAUGAUGAUAUACGAAGUAUCGAUCUUACAAAGGAUCGGCGCUUAAAAUUUCAGCUUCUCGAUUUGUUAGGUGAAAGAUUGUGUCAUGUAGUUCCCAACUCCGAAUUACAUCAAAUGAAAACAGUUGGUGAUUUAAUUGACUUCUAUGGACGUCCGUUCCGAAAUCUUACUGAAUAUGCACAAAUGGCUCGCGACAACAAACAAACGUUACCAAAAAACUUACAUAUUAUGGAACAUCCAUUCCGUUUUCAUCCGGAAGAUACUCAUUCUUAUCAUGGAGAAAUUGCGGAACGUAUGGACCAAUAUCCAACAAAACGAUAUAAUUUCAAAACAAAAAAAUUCAAGAAUAUAUAA